AUGUUUACUCAAUCGAAUAGGAAUUUAGUUGCUCUUAGCAUUCGGAAAUUGUCAAGGAAACUUGCCCGGCCAGGUAUCGGUAAUUUUUCAUCGAGAGUUUCUACUAGGUCCAUUUCAUCUUCGAAACCUUAUUUUUCUUCUAGUUCUGAUUCAAAUUUUCAUUAUACUAAAUGGUUUGUGUCUUCUGCUAUUGCAACUGCUGCAGCUGGGGCCUACCUGACGUAUAAUUUGCGUCAAGAAGCUAUUUCUAAUGAUUCUGUAUCGGAUGCAGCGGGUGAGCCUAAAAGGAUUAUUCCUGUUUCUGAGUUCAUUAAGCAUAAUAAACGAGAGGACUGUUGGGUUGCUAUUAAUGGUGAAGUAUAUGACAUGACUGAUUUCGUUCCUAAUCAUCCUGGUGGACAGAAAGUCAUACUUCAAAAUGCUGGUUAUGAUGCCACCCCAAUUUUUGCCCCAAUUCAUCCGAAAGGAACUAUAGAAAAGUACCUUCCUGAAGAGAAACAUUUAGGAAGGUUGGAUGGAAAAGCUCCAUUGAAACCUAAGAAAGCCGAUCCAAAUGAAGAUAGAAGAUUGGACCUCUUGGAACGGAUGCCCCCUCUUUCUUCCAUUCAAAAUGUUCAUGAUUUUGAAUUUUUGGCUAAGAAUAUUUUACCAGCAGGUGCAUGGGCUUACUAUUCAUGUGGUGGUGAUGAUGAGAUUAGUAUGAGAGAAAAUCAUUAUGCAUACCAGCGUAUCUUUUUCCGUCCUAGGGUAUGUGAGGAUGUCGCAGAUGUCGAUACGUCUACGACUCUUUUAGGUACUAAAGCUUCUGUUCCAUUUUAUGUGAGCGCAACUGCGUUGGCCAAGCUCGGCAAUCCGGGAGGAGAAUGUUCCAUUGCUCGGGGUGCAGGUAAGGAAGGUGUAAUUCAGAUGAUAUCCACUCUUUCAUCAAAUUCAUUAGAAGAAAUCGCUGAAGCUAGACAGCCGGGAGCUACUCAAUGGUUUCAACUUUAUGUUAACGAGGAUAGAAACCUAGCAAAGGAGUUAAUUCGUAAGGCUGAGAAGCUUGGUAUGAAGGCCAUUUUUGUUACUGUUGAUGCACCAUCAUUAGGACAUCGGGAGAAGGAUGAGCGUGCUAAAGGUAGUGUUGAUACUAAUUUGGAUUUAGGGGAGGAAGUCGAGAGGGAAAGUGGUGCAUCCAAGGCACUUUCAUCAUUCAUUGACUGCAAGGUUAACUGGUCAGAUAUCAAAAAGAUCAAGGAAUACACAAAGUUACCCGUUUUGGUUAAGGGUGUUCAAAGAGUGGAAGAUAUUGUUAAAGCUGCUGAUUGUGGAUGUGCCGGUGUUGUCAUUUCUAACCACGGUGGAAGACAGUUAGAUACUGCUCCACCUCCUGUUGAAGUUUUGGCCGAGGCUGUUCCGAUUUUAAACAGGAUGGAGAUAUUAAAGCCAGGCUUUGAAAUAUUUAUUGACGGCGGUGUUAGACGUGGUACGGAUAUCUUGAAAGCAAUAGCAUUGGGUGACCAAAAAGUAAAUGUUGGUGUUGGCUUGGGAAGGCCAUUCUUAUAUGCUAAUGCUGCUUAUGGUGAGCAAGGUGUUCGUAAAGCCAUAAGAUUAUUGAAAGAUGAAAUGACCAUCGACAUGCGUUUAAUGGGUGUUACAAACUUAAAACAAUUAAAUAGAAAUUUCCUCAACUUGAAAAAGUUAUACUCUGGAAAGGAAGCUAUCGAUUCGCUUUAUCACAGCAACUAUCAAAAGCUUGUCCCUGUCAACUUUCGUGAAAGUAAAGCACCGGUUAGAAAGCCAAAUUAA